UUUUAAUAACUCUGACUCUUUAACAUAGAGCUUAAGCACAUAGAUUUAGAUAAAAACCAUGACAUAAACAUAAAGUGAAUAAAGCUAAACACAGUUUAGUGAAACACCACAAAUGGAGCAACAACCAGAUGAUAUUACAGUGAUUGAUGAUUCUGAUGAUGAUCUUGAAGAUAUCGACAAGUACAUUGGAGAGAAGGAUAACGAUGAUGACCUUGGUGCCUCAAGUCUUAAUACAUCUGAAAACUUUUCUAAUCCGCCUAUAAACUCAGCUGCCCUGACAAACAGGUUGGAAUCUCUUGUUCUAGAGAUAAAAUCUGAGGAAAAAAAGUCCAAUGAUCUACAUGAAAUAAAGCAAUCAUUGCUGAAUGAUAUUUCUAAUAAAACUUAUGAAGACAGCUACUUCAAUGACGACAAACACAAAUUAGCUACUGAACAUGCAGAUCAUAUUUGCAAGUUAGAGGUCAAGCCUAGCCAGCUGAAAAAAAUUCACCCUGGCUUGCUCGUGUUUCAUCAGGAGAAGUUUUGUUGUUUGUUAACCCAGUCAGUUAAACCUGUGACCUUUGGAUACCAGCUAGGAUCUUCUGCGUUAGACAAAGCUAUUAUGUCAUCCAAUUUAAAUUCUUUGCUACUGUCCAAGUUGCUUGUGGUCUCUGCAAGCAAAGUUACCUCCCUUGACUCUAUCUUGUUGUGGUUGUGGAACUUGAUGUCCAUCCAUACGUCCCCAAUAACUGUUGAAUCCUGUCAUCACAAUCUGAAGCUCAUCAUUCAACAACUGCAGGUGCACAAAAUGUCAGAAGCUGGGAGACAUAAAGCAGUCUGGUGUCCACGGCCAAUGGAUCUUCUACGUUUGCUGGUCAAUUUGGGUGCUGAUGCCGAAGAUGUACUUGGAGAACAAAGUGUUUACAGUGCCGUUGAUGUUAGUGCUGCAUUAUCCAAAGAUGCCUCAAAAUCUGAUGAACCAAUUCAAUAUUGUAGUCAAAUUAUCAAAAAUUUUGGGAAAGUACUUGAUGUAUUAACAUUGUUUGUACAAAUGAGACCUCCAUUGACCAAGGAAGAUUUGACUUUGAUGUUUUUGAUGCUUGCUAAAACAUCAUUAGACAUCUCAUUUCAAAGUUUAAGCUGUCAUGAGUUUCUGAGGUGCUUAAGCUCCAUAUUAGAGUGUUACACACUAUCUGAGUGGCCAUCAGUGGCUAUAGAGUUGUGUAUGAAGCUGUCCAAGCUAACAGAUGACCAUCACAACCAGUGCUAUCUUACAGAGUUGCUACAAAGUAGUGCAAGGGGAUGUUAUUUAAAAAGUCGACUUUGCUAUUUAUUCUUGCGUCAGCUACUCAUAGCUGAUGAGGUUCAGAUAGAGAAACUUCUAGACCUGAAACUCUCAGAUAUUUUAAACCUUGGGGCUACCAGUGAGAACAACCAGCCUGCCCUGACCACUGGCCUACUGCAGCUUGUCCGCACUGACCUGUAUAAACUGUCUUCUGCUCUAGAGUUGCUGGAUGGGUGUGUUGGGGCGGAGCUGCACAGGUCGACUCAGUCAGUGCCUGAUCUAGAAAAUUUGAUCAGCCAAAUCAAGGUUGUCAUGAAUGAAACAAAAGACAAUAUGGACAAAUUAGACUCUUCAAAGGUAAAAGGCAGCAUAAACCAUUUGAUUGUGAAGUGGUCAAUGACAGUACAGAAUUCUAAAAGCAAACAGAGGAGCAUCUUUACAUGGAUGACUGCAGCUUCACAUGAACCAGUUCAAGUUGAAGUUCUCAAAGACAAGAAAUCACCACAGUGGGAUGAUGACGAUGAUAUUAUGGACCCCAAAGCUGACUCAUGAAAUACUACACCCCCAAUGUUGAAUGAGGAAAUUGUUAGACUCAAAUAAUGAAGGAGGAGAUACUACACUGCCAUUUUGAAUGAGGAGAUAUUUGGACAAUUAAAAAAUAAUGGAGCGAAAUUUUGAAUAUCUUUUCUUAUUCAUUAUUUAGAGUUUAUUCAUUAAUCCAGGAUGAUACAAAAUUGUACAUCUUAAAGUUGGAAAAUGCUUAAUUCAUGUUCAUUUUCCAUCCCUAACAUUUGCAAUGUUCAGCUAUUUGAAGAUAGUUGUGUAAAAUAUGUGUUAUUCUGUUCCAAUGUUUUGUUCAUUAUUUGUAAUUUUAUACAAAUAAACUUUUCAUGCUUUAAAAGUCCUAGGGUACUUAUUUUCUUUCUUUUUAAAUAAAACUCUAUAAAUUGGAUUAUCCUUCCAGAAAUACUGGUACAUAGGGCUAAUGAAGUUGAUUUCACUUGUUGCCAUGUCUCCCAACAUGUAGGUAGAUGAUAUUAUAGUUGGUUCUUUGCUAAGCAACUAUUAUUUUAUACCUAACUUGAUUCUGCUAUCAAACAGU